AUGCAGGAGGAAGCAACGAGAAAACAAUUUGUGUGGGAAAAAUCAGGGAUUAGGGCCGCAAAUGUGGCUAAGAAAGCAGAGGGCACUCGAUGCUUCAAGUGUGGGGCAAAUAGGCAUAUAGGCAAAGAAUGUCCAAAAUAUGGUAAAAUCGUCUGCUACAAGUGUCAAACUUAUGGGGACCACGUAGCAGCAGAAUACCCAAACGAGGCAUCUGGCUCAACGAUUAAGAAGCACAGAGGAAAUUAUGGAAUGGAGUCGAGGUAUGGUAAUACGCUUCAAUCUUCAAGACGAGGUUUAAGAUCAAAAGGUGGCAUCAAAAGGUAUAUGAGUGGAGGAAACACAAGUAAUCCUAAGAGAGACAAAUAUGAUGGGUUCAAGGGGCAAAACAGAAUGAAUUACAGAGGAGUUAAGAAUGGGAAUCAAUACAAGGGAAAUUCAACAAGCCAAAACAAGAAAGGAAAUAAUCAUUCCUCAGGAAAUACAUCCGAGAGAAACAAGGGUCACAAAAAUUAA